AUGGAGCUCACAGACGAACUGGCGGCAAUCUCCAUCGACACAGAGCCCCGCAAGGUGCUCAACGAGGCGCCCAAAAAGGGCAAGGGCAAAGUCCGAAAGGGACAGAGCGCGGAGGAGUACCAGAGACAGGUGGAUCUGUACACCUCGGGGCCUCCCGUUCAGACCUUGACAUCAAUCCUGGAAAGAGACUACAGCAACAUCGACGGCAUGGACCGACUCGACAGACAUGCUGUACGACAUGCUGCGGAACGGGCUUACUUCCUGAAAAAGUACGCGGAAUGUAUCAAGGUGGUGGACGACAGCAAGUUGCUGGAGAGUCCCGAAGUGGAAAAGAAACACGCCCGAGACGUUUACGAGAUUCGUGUGGUCUACGACUCGGCCAAGUCUCUUGUAUAA